AUGCUUGCGAGACUAACCUACAAAUUCUUCCCAGAUGUUAAGAGAAGAAUAAAGAAUGAUUGGGUAGAGAUGGAUUUCUGGGCUGUUCAACUCCUCACAGGCCGUGCUAAGCGAGGACGUUGGACGCCCUUGGAACCACCUGGAAAUACUAACGAAGGAGAUCUUUGUUCCAUAGCUAAGAGGACUGCUAUGACUCUUGACCCGACUCCACCCCCCAGCUCGCACCCUCCAACGGACAGACCUUCGCCGAUCGCCCUUGACUCCUCGAAUAGAAGGACGAGUUGCGAUGUUGGAAGGCUGCCUCCCAUUGGUCCGCUAAUAAUGGACGAGGCCACUGCUUGGGGUCACCGCUCGUCUUGUUCCAACUUCUCAUCUCAACCUCUCUCUUUCAGUUUAAGUAAGUCUUAAACUUGACUGAAUCUCCAUUCAAUGCUUACAGAUCUUACUGCCGGCUAAAAAGAAGUAAUAGAACUGAGACAAAUAAUACAAGUAAAUAAUUAUAGCGUCAAAUAACCUGAUCCAUUAAAAAGUAUAAAAGGUUCAGUUGGAAAAACAAAUAGUUUGAUGAAUGCGGAACGAAUCUAUAAAAACAUGAGCACUAUCUAGAUAGAGAGGGAGAGAUAGGCUUUCAUAAGCAAUGAUGCCUAGAUCCAGUGAGAUAAAUGAACUAUUAUCACUCUUUGGAAAUUAUUUAAUUAGUAUUAGUCUAAAAGGAGCAUUGUCAGAGAUAACCUUACAGACAAGAGUCAACAUCAAGAGAAAAAACAAUAACAGCAAUAAAAGAAGAAUCAAAAAGAUCUGCUGGGUUAACGCUCUCACUUCAAACAGUGAUCCGGAUGGGAGAGAAUCGCUGGGAUCUCUUCGAGCCCUGUUUUGCUUUUCACAUGAGAGCGGCAAAAGCAUGGUUCAGGGUUCCCCAGGCUGAAUGUAAAUAUUGUAUAUAGGAAUGAAUGUGUGACAAGUAAUUUUUUUUUCUUAUUACAAUUAUUUUUAUUUUUGUUAUCCUUUUAUGUUAUAUAUGUUUUUACUUAAAUAUUUUUUUUCUUAUUUUACUUUUUCUCAAUUUCUAUGUAUAAUAGUAUGAAUGUACACAUACAGUCAUAAUACUCAGUGCCCUUGA